AUUUUUAGUCUAUGGAUUUCGGCAACCACGGCAGCCAUUUGUUAUCCUUACUAAAGUUACAGUAAAUUCUACACUCAAAAUGUUAAAAUCAGCUUCGGGUACUUUUGUGACUAUCCUUAAACGUUCCCUGUUACCAACAGUCAGGGUCAGUGCUGUAAUCCCAGCAAGAAAUUCUCACGGUGGACCCGUUGAAUCCGAUGAAGAAUUCGAUAGAAGAUAUGAAGAAUUUUUCAAUAGAAAAGAUAUCGAUGGUUGGGAAAUCCGGAAGGGAAUGAAUGAUCUUUGUGGUAUGGACCUUGUGCCUGAUCCCAAAAUCAUAAUUGCUGCUCUCCAUGCCUGCAGACGAGUCAAUGACUAUGCACUUGCAGUAAGGUUUAUUGAAGCUUGCAAAGAUAAAUGUGGAAGCAAAGUUAAUGAAAUAUAUCCUUACAUUGUUCAAGAAAUUAAACCUACCCUUACCGAGUUAGGAAUUGAAACACCUGAAGAACUUGGCUAUGAUAAACCCGAGUUAGCCCUAAAGAAUGUGUAUGAGAUGUAAAAGUAUCAGUGAUAAGUUGUAGAAAAUUUGUAUAAUAGUUUUGUUGUCGACUUUUAUUUUAUUUAAUUAUUAUUACUAGAUAUCAAGUGCUCUAUUACCAUCCUGUGAAUUUGCUGGCUUAUACUAAGUUAUGUAUCAUUACAUACAUUAGAGAAUAAAGGUUUUUUAUUAAACUGA